CAGAAAAUGCCUAUUAUUGUUCCACAGCAACAUGAAUCAAUAUAUUCUACUUAUGAGCCACAUUAUGUACCAGGUUACACGGGAUACAUUACAAAGCUCAGGAGUGACAUUGGCAAUGUCUAUGGCAAUGCUACAUUAAAGUUAGUAGACUAUGAACCAGGCGCACAAAAAUCUCUAAGCAGAAUUAUUAUUUUUUUUUGUAAUCAAGGACAUUUUUAUCCAGUAACUGCAAAAUAUUAUCAUACACAAAUGAACUACAUUCGUGAUGGUGAUCCUAAGACGUCAUCAGCAAUACAGACAAUUGAAGAAAUAAAAAAGGAAACAAAUAAACCUACAAGAUGGUUGCCAUGCGACGCUGACAGAUUUGGCUCAUUACCAAGUGGGCUGCAGACGACAAACUGCGCGGAGAGAUGCGAGCAGAUAGCUUCAUCCUCCUCUUCUUAUGGGGAUAAAAUAAGAGGGAUAAUUCAGAAGAAAGAAUUGAAAGCAAGUGAGUCAUCUAGGAGUAUAAACAAAAUAAAUGAGAAUGAACUGAAAAGACAAGGCAAAAUAAUUUACAGAACUGAAAGUGGUCUUCUGCCAAACUACACAGGAUAUACACCAGGACAAAUGUUUGUUAUUGGGAAAACCUGGGGUAAAAGCACCAUAGAUGCUAAAGGAAAACAUCAAGAACAGCCUUUCGUUUGGACUUCUCUGUUUUAAACCUACUAUGGUUUCCAGUGACCCAAUCAUGUGAUAAGCAUCUGAAAUAUGUUUAACCUAAUUAAUCAGACAUUGACACAAAACUACAAAUAUAGAGAACAUUGUAUAAACUUUUCCUUUCUCAUAGUAAAAGUACAUUAAAAAGAAAUUAUAAGCUAUCUUCAUAUCUGAGAUAUUUAUAUUAAUUUCUAAUCUCCAACUAAUAACUCAAUAUGAAUAUAUAUUUAUAUAUACACAAUAAUAUUUACAAUAAGUAUGCCCACUGGUAUUACAAAGAAUGUUUUUUCCUAUCAUGAUUUUUGGUGCAAAUCCAGUAUAAGAAUAAAUGACUAGAGAUACAAGGUGACGGAGGAAACACUAGUUCACAGAAUAAUAGAUUAUAGUACUAACCCAAACCUCCCUGGGAGAAAACAGAACAAGCACCAUUUUCAGAUGUGUUUUACAGCAAAACACAGCAAAAUAAAUUAUUAAUAUAUAUUACAAAAAUGUUAUAUUGCAGUUAUGAAACAUUUUAGGAGUUUUUAAACUGUGACUUUAAUGGCAAUUUAAUUUAAUUUUCAUGGUUUGGAACAAUGAUAUUUGAAAUACAAAUAAAAAAUCAAUUAAACUGAA